GAAAGCAGUAAGGACAGAGGAUUCGACGGGAAUAGUUCUCCGGGCGAAGUGUUGCAGGCGGGCGAUUAGGACAGCCCUGAUCGUGGGUCUUGUCAGUGGGGAAGGGUCCUGCGCUGACAACAUCCGGGCUCCGUUCUUCUUCGCCCGCCGCCUUUUCGGGGAAAGCGGCGCCAAGAUGGCGGCUCCCAUACUGAAAUGGAAGCGCGUAACCAACUCGAGCGGGCCGGUCCCCCGGCCUCGCCACGGCCAUCGCGCCGUCUCUAUCAAAGAGCUGAUGGUUGUUUUCGGCGGGGGCAACGAAGGGAUCGUGGACGAGCUGCACGUUUACAAUUCAGCAACCAAUCAGUGGUUCAUUCCAGCGGUGAGGGGGGACAUUCCUGCAGGCUGCGCGGCCUAUGGAUUCGUAUGCGAUGGGACUCGACUGUUGGUGUUCGGUGGCAUGGUGGAGUAUGGAAAAUACAGCAAUGAGCUCUAUGAGCUACAGGCAAGCAGAUGGGAAUGGAAAAAGUUGAAGGCCAAAGCCCCCAAAAAUGGUCCCCCACCAUGUGCCCGUCUCGGACAUUGCUUUUCUGUAAUUGACAAUAAAUGUUAUUUAUUUGGGGGAUUAGCCAACGACAGUGAAGAUCCAAAAAACAAUAUUCCACGGUAUUUAAAUGACCUGUAUAUAUUGGAACUAAAGCCAGGAUCGGGAGUUGUGGGAUGGGACAUACCAGUCACCCAUGGCACACCACCACCACCCAGAGAGUCUCACACUGCAGUCGUGUAUCGCAACAAAGAGAAAAAACCAAAGCUUGUCAUCUAUGGUGGAAUGAGUGGCUGUCGACUUGGAGAUCUGUGGAUACUGGAUAUUGAGAGCUUAACGUGGAACAAACCAGAAGUUGCUGGAGUUCCACCACUGCCCCGAAGUCUACAUUCUGCCACGAUGAUUGGGAGCAAAAUGUAUGUUUUUGGUGGCUGGGUCCCCCUUGUGCUGGAAGAUGUCAAAGCUCCCACGCAUGAGAAGGAGUGGAAAUGCACAAAUACUCUGGCAUGUCUGGAUCUGGAAACAAUGACUUGGACUCAGAUCUCCACAGAAUCAUUUGAAGAUAGUAUUCCUCGUGCAAGAGCUGGUCACUGUUCAGUUUCCAUAAGUACACGGCUGUACGUGUGGAGUGGGCGAGAUGGCUACAGGAAAGCUUGGAACAAUCAAGUCUGUUGUAAAGACCUGUGGUAUCUUGAAACGGAAAAGCCACCUGCUCCUGGCAAAGUCCAACUGGUUCGAGCAAGUACCAACUCACUUGAGGUCAGCUGGGGGUUGGUCUCCACUGCCGACAGCUACUUGCUUCAGCUUCAGAAAUACGAUGUUCCAACGGUCACUGCUGCUGUUACUCCUUUGCCAAGCUCUGCAGUUACGGGCAUCCGGCCAUCCUGUAGUCCCGCUCCUGCGGCAGCAGCAUCAGUAUCGCCUUCUCCAGUACAAUCAGGAGUCCGCUUUGUUACACAGACGACCCCUGCUCUGGGAACACAGGCUGCAUCCCUAACCACCAGUGCAACAUCACCUUCUGUAGUCCGGAUUCCCACGGCGGCAGCUUCUCCACGUGGGCCAGCCUCACCGAUGAUCAGAGCCACAACAGGGCAGCCAGCGGUUGCGUCAGCAGCUUCAGCAGCACCCCUCAUCACUGUACAACGGCAAGCUGCACCUCAGAGCAAAACACCCAAUACUGUGGCAGCCCUUCCACCAGGUGUUCGCAUGGUGAUGCCAGCACAGACUGCAGCAGGAACUGCACUCACUUCCAGCCCACAGAUGAGUGGAAUGGCAGCUUUAGCUGCAGCAGCUGCUGCUACUCAGAAGAUUCCUUCCAGCACGGCAGUUACCUCAGUUGGACUUCACCCUAGCACAACGGUGGUGAAAACAAUCGCAGUUGCUCCCGGAGUCAGUACCUUGACAACCACUGUGAAGGUAGCCACUCCAUCAGUCAUGGUCAACACACCGGCGACCUCCAUGUUGAAGACGGCUGCUGCCCAGUUAGUGACACCGACCCAUGCUGCCACUUCCACUGCUUCAGCUAGACCCAUCAUCACAGUGCACAAAUCAGGAACAGUCACUGUGGCUCAGCAGGCACAAGUGGUGACCACUGUAGUAGGUGGGGUCACAAAAACAAUUACACUAGUCAAGAGCCCUAUCUCCAUGGCUGGAGGAAGCACAUUGAUUUCCAAUCUGGGAAAAGUGCUCACCCUGCAGGCUAAACCAGGGCAACAGGCCACCAUCUCAAACCCAGGCUCCACUGGGCCACUUACACAGAUCUUCCAGACCAAAGGUCAACUGCCUCCAGGAGCUACCAUUUUGAAACUUGUUACUUCAGCAGAUGGGAAGCCUGCCACUAUCAUCACCACCUCACAGGCUGGGAAUGUGGGCCUUAAGCAGACAUUCGUCAGCCUCGGCAAUGUGUCACCUGCUUCUUCGAAACCAGCGACCACCAUUCUCAAAACCAUCCCUAUGUCUGCACUUAUUUCACAGCCCGGAACUACGGGUGUAACAGGAAGUCCUGGUAUGAAAUCCCCAAUUACCAUCAUCACUACAAAAGUAAUGACCUCCGGAACUGGAACACCAACAAAAUUCAUCACUGCUGUACCCAAACUGCAGACAGGGCAACAGGGACUUACCCAGGUGUUGCUGAAAGGUGCUGCAGGACAGCCUGGCACUAUCCUGCGAACGUUAUCUGGAACACCAGUGACUGGUGUCAGACUGAUCACUCCAGUAACUGUAUCUGCCGCCAAACCAGCACUUACAACUUUGGUAGUGAAAGGGACCACAGGUGCAAGUACAUUGGGGACGAUAGCAGGUACAACACUUGCAGGAGUGUCCACCGUUUCACCAACACUCAACACUCCCAUUGCCACUCUUGGUACCAUUGCCAACCUUACGGGCCAGAUAAUCAGUGCUUCCCCUAACACCACUCAGAAACUUACUGCUGUAACUGGAGCUACUUCCCCCAUCAUCACCAUUCAGCCUGUGUCUGAGCCAAACCGUGUCACGAUUGUCGCCUCCCCUGGUGGCAUGGUUGCACAACAAGCGCAGCAGCUUGUAAACUCAGGAUCAGCUUUGGUGGCGGCACCUCGAGUUGCUACUGUGAAUUCAGAAACUCAGACCCACAGACUUGAGUUUGUUGAAAUGCCAGUCAGAUGUUCAAAUCCUCCCCAUGAGACGUCAGAAACCAACACCACCAACACAUCUACAACUACUACAGCAAACAUUGCAGCAAACCAAGUCCAGCCACCUGCCAUGAAUGCACAAGGUAUUCCUGAAAGUGUGCAUGGUGAAACAGCAACAGCUGGAACAACAAACACUGCAACCACUGCAUCUACAGCACAGAGUGGGGCAGUUACCAUGGUAACACAAUCCACACCUGCCCCUGGACCUUCCACACAGGCAAUCUCAUCAACUGAAGGACAGUCUAAUAGCAUUGAGCAAGGUUCUGUGUCUACAAUGGGACAGAAUGCUGUACAGAUUCUGCCUACUAGCUCCACUGGUGUUGGUGCCACAAUAGCGGUUAGGGUCUCCAGUACAAACCAAGAAACAGCAGCGGCCUUGAAUUCUCAACCUAGAGUCAGGUUGCAGCAAGAUCAGCUCCUCCCUCCCCGAGAGCUGCUGGCUGAUAGCCGGCCAGAGACCCUUGCUGAACUGGGACUGUCUCCUGAGGAGCUGGCUGUAGCAGCUGCCGCUGAGGAAGCAGCCCGUUUCGCAGCACUGGAAGAAGCGGCGAAGGCAACAACAGCGACACAAACAUCUCUGGUCUCUAAAGGGGCUGCCCCUGCAGCAAGGCAAGAGACCAUGGAUACCUCAACAGCAGAAUUAACAACAAUACAACCAGCACAGCUGUCGCACCAGGCACUGCAGACAUUGGUGUCUCUUCAGUCGAUUGUACCAUUGGCUGAACUUGCACAGCAGGACAUAGAAAGAGCACACCAGCAACAAGCAGCAGAAAGCAACCAGCCCUCCCGACCAGCAGAGGCGCUAGCUCCAGCAGACAGUCUCAAUGAUUCUACCUCUGAGACCAAUGGGCCACAGGAACUACCUAGUACAGUUUCAAGUGUUCAGUUACCUAUUCUGAAGACCACAGGAUUGACACCAUACACUUCUCUCCUGACAUCUACAACCAACCAAAACUCUAGUCCAAUACAAACACAGGCAGCCACAACUUUAGCCCAAGUAGCCAAUGGAAUUGGCCUACCUGCUUCGAAACAGGAUGCGUCUCCUAAUACCCAGCCAAAACCAACAGCCAGGAAGGAACCCAAUCAGUGGUAUGACGUCGGUGUAUUCAAAACGCUGAGCACAGUCGUGGUUUCCUACUUCCUGCCUGCAGAGGGCUCUCAAGGAGAAGAGGAUGGCAGUGGAGAUAACAUCCCUGACCACAGCAAUCUAAAGACUGAGAGACUGGAAUCGGGCACUGCUUAUAAAUUCCGAGUUGCUGCUAUAAAUGCUUGUGGACGGGGUCCAUUCAGUGAAGUCUCAGCUUUUAAAACCUGCAUGCCAGGAUUCCCAGGUGCACCAUCUGCCAUCAAGAUCAGCAAGGUUGCUGAAGGUGCACAGCUCUCCUGGGAACCUCCUGCUGUUACUUCUGGCACCAUCAUUGAAUACUCCGUGUAUCUGGCACUUCCAGGGUCACAGGCAGCAGAUCCCAAACCUGCAGGGACUUCCCAUCUGCUCUUCGUCCGUGUUUACUGUGGACCUGUACCCAGCUGUCUUGUGUCUUCAUCAAACCUAGCAAAUGCACACAUCGAUACAACCACAAAGCCUGCUAUAAUCUUUAGGAUAGCAGCCAAGAAUGAGAAGGGCUAUGGGCCAGCCACCCAGGUCAGGUGGCUGCAAGAUACAAGCAAAGAUGGAGCAAGACCCGCAACUAAGCGAUCUGUUGCAUCCUCUGAUGACCGGCUAUUAAGCGUGAAUAAGAAGCCAAGAGGAGAUGGGUCCUAAAUUCCACAUGCAUUAUGAACUUGCGCCUUUUUAUUUUAAAAACUAAGAACUUGACUAGAUUCAGAACCUACCUUGGUAUACCGGCACACCACCCAGCAGGAGGAUUUUGCUUCGGAAGAACCAAGUCCUUACUUUUAUUAUUGCUCAUUUUAAGAGGACAAGAAUCUCAUUUGAAAGUACCUGCAGUGAACUGAUGGUAUUAUUUGAAGGAAAGACACCCUGUUGUAUUGAAGUGUAUUUACCUGCCAAAUGAUCCAAAUCGCCAAACGUAUUUUAUUCAGAUUUCUCAUCAGAGUACUCUAUUUUCAAAAUCUAUAACUGUCUAGUUCUUCCUCAUCAUCCUACAGCCAUUUUCAAAGCAGCAAUAAUUUCUUCCAGCAUGUUAUGUGACUGUCUCUAACUCAUUUUGUUUUGACAACCUGAAAAUGCUGAGACCAGUGUGUACAUCCAGCAUUAUCAAUGAUUUUGCAGUCUUUAAAAGGAAUUGUCAUUUAGAACUUCAAAUGACCAUUUCUCUCUCAUAGACCUGAUGAGGAUUGAAAAUUACUAGCUUUUUAACUUUGUAAGUGAACCGUUGUGUCUCUUUCUCUGUCAUAGUGUCUCUCCCUCCCUGUCUCCUUUUUACUGCCCCCUCAAUUCCCAAAACUCUUAACCCUUGAAUCCUGAACAAACAUUUUUCAAUACAGGCAUCUUCACUCCAUCCCCAAACCCAACUUAAUGCUUCAGCUGUCUCCUGCUUAGCUCUCUGUAUGUGUGUGUAUGCUAUUGCGUUAUACUUAUUAGAGGGAAUUGUGAAUAUCUAAAGUGUUAUGGUUUAGUUUGACACUGCACUGGAUAAUUCUGUCAUAGGUUUACACAAAAGGAAACUGCAGUGUUGGCUGCUUGUCAGGACAGUUGGGCCAUGUUUUAGAGUGAGUUCAAGUUUUAUAUUAAAAUGGGGUUGAGAAAAGCGGUUUUAACUCUGACCAGAAAUGAAUUAAUUCAGGUGUGGAUUUUUAUGGAGGAAACUGAAAUUUUUGUACCUUCUAACAUGUACAGCUCUAAGAUUGUCUGAGGUAGCAUCCCUCUGUAUUUCAGUGUGCUAUUGAGAUGAUUUCUGAUGUUAACUCAAAUAACUUGCACCAUCCCAGACUGAAAGAGAGAAGCAUAACAUGUAUUUGUGUAUGGGUCCAGCCAUUCUUCAAGUUGUUCUCAGCCCUUGAAUGUGCCCUCUUGUUCAGAAUCUUGGUUUUCUGCACCUCCCCCACAGUUCUAACUUAAUUGUGAUGUAAAAGGUUUGAGAUUGAGAUUAGGUUUGAAGGGUGGCUAGGUAGGCAAAACCAACCUCCCUGCUUUACUGUUGUGCAGCCAUGUCACAAGGAAAUAAAGGACAUUGUGACUGGAUCUUUGUAAACAACUGAAGCAGUCUGUGGCAUGACUGUAUGGGUGUGUCUAACCUUUUCUUUGAUAUGUAGGGCUGUGACCCGCACGCACAUUCCCACGAUCACAUCACCUGUUUUCAGAAUGGUCUUUGUGCGUGUAUCACAUUCCUAAGUAAUCUAAUCUAAUGAGUGGGGUCAUGGUUGGAAAGAUUUGCCAGUUGGAUUGAUGGCUAUUCACACAGCCUACAUUUGGCACAGAGUCAGGGAAGAGGACCAGUAGAUCCAGUAAUCAACUACAAGACUUCUCCUGAGGUACUAGGUGGUUCCACAAGGGCUCCGAGGAAUUUUGGCUGGCUUUGAUGAUCACCCAACAGUAACUGCUGGAUCUGGUCAGACCACUCUGGGCUUCAGGACCAUGCCUUGAUGAGAGUGUAACAUUUGUUACUUAGACUCAUGAAGAGCAUCAAUUAAUGACAUCAGAUGUCUGAAACCAAAGCCAUGUCAGAGAAUCAUAAGGGAGAAUUGAGGUGGGAGGGACCUUUUUUUGUAGCUUUCAUGCUCCAACUUUGAAUAACCAAAUGUGCUCAACUUCACAUGUACUUACUGUCCAUACUGUCUGCUAAGCAUGCGGCACAACCUUUUGUUUUCCAAAUCCUUUCACUUUUGUAUUGGGUGGGUAGAUUCUUUCCAGAUCAAUGUCUUGUACUGUUGUCUCUCAGAUUUCUUUCACAUUUUGGUGCCAUUACACUAAUGAAAUCUGUCCUGCAUUGACAUGAUGCUGUCAUGUACCUUCAUCCCCUCAAAUAGCUUCCACCUCCAUUGAACAUGUACCCAUUAGGGUCUGUACUGUUGUAUUAAUGUACUCCAAUGUGAUAUAAUUACAGACCUAUACACACCACUACCAUAUCCCAGUAUUAUAUAGAAACUAAUCUGUACCCUGGCAUUUUACAGAUCCCGAUAUUCUGUCCAGAUACCAAUGUGGAAGAACGAUGUGUGAUUUGAAUCAGGAAUAUUUAGUUUCAAAUGAAUGAAAAUUUUACCUAUCCAUUGUUACUCUGUACCAAAAUCCUGGGCAUCUUGCAAUUUAUGCAUAAGCUACAUUUGACUUCUGAUUAAAAUGGAAUUUUUUAAAAAUGUAUACAUAUAUUUAUAUGGAUUUAAAACGAUACCCUCCGGGAUUGUUCCCUGUGCAAAUAUGACCCAUCUGUUCUGAAAGCAAAUACUUGUCAUUGGACAAAACCUUGAAAAUGUUUUACUUUUUUUUCAUGAAGCUCCUACAGAAGAAUCCAGCGUAUUGGAAACAUCCAAGUUACUGCUGGAAUAAGAGCCAAGCCCCAUUUUAGUAUUUUUGUUUCUUAUUCUAUUAUAAAUAAUCAUUUCUAUUUAACUAUCAGGAUAAGUGUGGACAAGGUUGGGGGAUGGUGUGAAGCAUUGCAGUCCUCAGCUAUGAACAGCCACUCAUUUCGUUCAGCAAGAUACUCCGAACGACAUCUCCAAUGCAGUGUAAUAAUUGCCAGGGUUUUGUUCGUCGGUGCAUGGAAACCUGAGAUUUUUUUUAAAAUAUACAAUAAUUAAUCUGCAAUUUUAACCUAUAUAAGUUUGGGAGAAGGAAAAAUGCUGAUGUUUUCUCCCACUAUCUUUUAUUUCUUUACAAAACAAAAUAUAUUCGAUGUGUCCAUCUAAAUUUCAUAAUUUUGGAAACCGUACAUUUUAAUUUUCUGGAUCUCUUCUAGAUGUUGAUGUUCAAAGGGUAUACCCCUCCCUCUGGUCAUAUGUCAGAAGUCUUUUGCUUAAGCUUUCAGAAAGAUAUCCUAUGAUUUAUUGUUUCUUUUGACAGGUAGGCUACUGGUAAGAUUGGAAGGGUUUUGGUUAUCUUGAGAGAGCGGUUCUCUCUGUACAGGGUAUGUCUUUAAAUGAUGCAAAAAAAAAAGGCCCAAGUUUGGCUCAAGUCAUUUUGUAAUAUUGUGUACAGCUUGGAUAGGAAGUGUGCUAAUGUGUUUUUUUU